CUGGGCUGGGCUCGGCUCGGCCGGCCCGCCCCGCAGCCCGUCCGGUGCAGCGAGAGUCCUGCUCGGGUUCCCAGCGGCGGUGCCCGCCGCCCCAGGUACAAGCAUACAUGGCUCCUGGUGUCUCAAAUGAGAAGAAAGCUGAUGAUGAACAGUCUUCAAAAGAGAAUUUUAUCUGUCUCUGCAACCCUCACCUGGAGAAAAUGAAAGAAGACAUCCUGUACCAUUUUGCUCUUGGGACUGGUACCCAUGAUUUUCCAGCAUUGUUUGGAGAUGUUAAGUUUGUAUGUGUUGGAGGAAGUCCUUCACGGAUGAAAGCUUUUAUUGCCUACAUAGCUGAAGAACUGGGGCUUGGAAGCCCUGGUUGUGACUUUCCCAACAUCUGUGCUGGAACGGACCGUUACGCAAUGUACAAAGUGGGGCCUGUUUUGUCAGUCAGUCACGGUAUGGGCAUUCCUUCUAUUUCAAUCAUGUUGCACGAGCUGAUCAAACUGUUGUAUCAUGCCAAGUGUUCCAACAUAACCAUUAUUCGCAUUGGCACCUCUGGUGGAAUAGGUCUGGAGCCAGGCUCUGUGGUUAUAACUAGGCAGUCUGUAGAUGCCACCUUCAAACCUCAGUUUGAACAGGUUGUUCUGGGAAAGACUGUGAUUCGCAGUACAAACCUAGAUGAAGAGCUCACUAAGGAGCUGAUGCAGUGCAGUAAUGAAAUUGGUCAAUUCAAUACAGUCAUUGGGAACACUAUGUGCACUCUGGAUUUCUAUGAAGGACAGGGCAGGUUGGAUGGUGCAAUCUGCUUAUAUACUGAAGAAGAGAAACUGCAAUAUUUGAAGGAAGCUUAUGAUUCUGGUGUCAGAAACAUAGAGAUGGAGUCUUCUGUGUUUGCUGCAAUGUGUAAUCUCAGCGGUGUCAGAGCUGCUGUAGUGUGUGUCACUCUUCUGAAUCGGCUUGAAGGGGAUCAGAUUAGUAGCUCACAUGAUGUACUUGUGGAGUAUCAGCAGAGGCCACAGAAGUUAGUGGGAUAUUUCAUUAAGAAAAGUCUUCAGAAAGUAUGAAAUAUCCAUCUUUCACCUAGAAGGGCCAGAAACUGGAAGCAGUGAUGCAAGCAUUGAAACAGGAGGGGAUGACUUGUGAAAUUGCCAAUGAGGAUUGAUCUCCUAAAAUCUGAUGAAUUUUCAACUGGAGAACAGUUAAAAGAUUACAAUACUGGAUUUUUUUAUUUACUAGUUUAGUCUUCCUCUAAUUUUAAAAACACAUUUUCUUAUUUGUACUUGGGAUUUACAGUGAUUGUAAGUUUCCAGAAAAGUUUUCUUUCUUAAGCUUAAGAAGAAUCAGGUAGGAAUGGCUCCUUUUUGUUUGAACAGUUCCUCCCUUAUUUAAAAAAAAAAAUAAUUAAAAUUAAAAAAAAAAAGUGUGUUUAACUAUGCUUAGUGCUUGCCUGGACAUUGCACAAAGCCCUGUGAGUUCCCUUGGGAAACAUGCAGCAAAGCACAUCCUUGCUCUGCAACCUCCUGUUCACGGAACAGCAGCAAGAAGAUAAAAAGAUCAUCACUUAAGAGGCAAUGUGCUGCACUCUAGGCUGAAGAAAAGCUUAUACUAAGUUCACCACUGUGGGUUUGGAGGAAACAGUUUGCUGUUGUAAAAGAAAUACUUAUGUGAAGAGAAAAAAAAAAAUCAGGAAAACUAGGGUGGGUCUGUUUGGGGAAGCAUAUUACUGCAGUUAACCCUGGAGAUACGAAUCUGAAAUGGUGUGAUUUGUCUUCUAAAGGACUGACAACAAGAAUCUGGAAACUGGUCAAAAAGAAAAAGUUCUUAAAUAAUUUAACUGUGUGAACUGUCAAUUGAAAUUACAAAGCUUUUGUAAUUGCAGUCAUAUAAAGUAGGCACUUCUGUUUUGGUAUCUAAUAUGAAAGCUUUUAUGUGCUACAUGCAAAAAUAUAACUAGCAUUGUGGCCUGGCUGAAUUGGAACAAAGGUUCAAGCAUUCAUGGAGUGAUGCAACUGUUCUAUGAAAUCAAUACACAAGAAGACCUUAGCAGAAACCCCUGGAAGACUUUAGCCAUUCACUUUUUCCCCAGUAUGUCCUUUUUCCUUCCUGCCAUUCCUUAGGACAUGGCUCUUUUUUUUCAGCUAAAAUAUUUUUCUUCCAUGCUUCUUAAUAGAUGGAGUAAAACUUAAAAUUACAAUUCAAAGGAGAGCAAGCAUCCUGCUGUUUUCCACUCGGCAUCAUCUUGUAAUGCUGGAAGCCUGAUGCAAGAGGGUGCUCUACUGACACAUCUUACAUGCAACGAAGUAUUUUUCUUAGCUGCAGAGGAAACUGACCAGAAUGUUCCCCUGAUAAGAACAAUUGUAUUUUCCCUUCUGACUGCAACUGGACAGAGAGAUGAUUCAGCUGUUUGCAUCCGGCAGUGGAAUUAACUUCCUGUAGAUUUUACAAAGGCAUCCAUAAAGAAUGAUAAAAUAUUUGGCAGACUUAAUUAUAAUUUAAUUAUGUAAAUAAAUUAUUUAAUAUUAGCCAUGCAUGUUAUUUCUGUACCGUAUAGAAAAGCAGCAUAAGUAGGCUGCAGAACAUGAAUCAGGAUUUGGAGUGGUGAUAUUUUAAAAUGCAUAUAUAUUAUAUGUAAGUUUGAUACUGCAUAGUGCAGCAUCUCCUGGUAGAUCUUAAAAUCCUGCAAACCUCAGAAACCUCAGUUUCAAAUCAGUGUCUUGCUUUUGCUCUCUAUGCCACCCCAGGCUAGCAAUGCACUACAGAAUCAGUUUACUCCGUAGAUCAGAAAGGAUAAAAGCAAAGAAGCAAGGCAGAAGAUAGGAAUAGGAUGGAAGUAUGAAGGGAGAAAACGGUGAUUUCUGCCAGUGGUUUGUUCUGUAAUUCAUGGUGUUGUUCUGGCCUGUUUCUACCUUUUUGUUAAAGAAAUGGUUGAGACCACAAUGAAUAUAGGCUAGAGCACAUUUAUUUCGCAUUAGAAAGGGACUGAGAGUGUGUGGUAACUUGAUUGGUGACUUAAGCAGAUUUUUAUUUUUGGCAUCUUGAUGUACUUCAGAGGAAGAUUUUCUUUAAUGGAAGGUCUGAGAAAUCCUGAAAGGGAACACCUAAUUGGAAUAAACUAUUACCAGAAGUGCUUGGAGUAUAAAUGCUCUUAUCAGUCCUUCAAACAACAAGCAAAAUAAUUCAGCAAUUUCAGUAUUUCUUGCCAAUACACACAUGUAAAAUGCAAUGUCUUUUUUUUAACAUUCUUCCCAAGUUCUUGCAAAGGAUUUUUAGUGCAUUAUGUAACAGAACUGCAUUUUCUUCUCAAGUCCUGCUGGAUCUUUGUAUAUUCCUAAAUAAAUUGUUUAGACAGUGGAA